AUGUCUCUAUGGAGCUUUGUGAUAAGCUACCUCCUCGGGGGGUUGACGUUCUUCCCGUUAUGCGCGCUAGCUGCGUUCUACAUCGCCUCUAAACCGAAGGGCUCGGGGGGCAGGCGGACGACAGAACCAGCGGUGCUUGCAGCGUGCGAUCCAGAUUUCAAGGUCGGGGAGUUGGAGGAGCAGAAGGGCGUAGACGCGUUCAAGAAGGGCUGGGUGUACGUGACAAACAAGUACUACUACCAUACCUCGGAGCUACAACGCGUUCCGAGCCCGGAGCGCGACGCGCUACCCACGCGGGACAAGAUGAAGAGAAAGAAGAAGUUCUACGCCGUGCUGAAGCACGGGAACUUGUUCCUCUACAAGAGCGACGCGCCUAACACUGAUGUAUUCCAGGUUAUUGUGUUGAAGAACUCCUUCGUGACCCUGUGGCCGCGCGACAGUAGCGCCGAGCUAUCUGAUGCUUCGCUCUUCACCAACCGGACCUGCAUCUCCAUUUGCAAGAACGGUAAGGCCUAUCUCGACGAGGACGGUAAGCUCCAGUUUGAAACGGGGGGGGAUAUCGGCCCCGCGGACCAGUACUUUGUCUAUGUUGACAACAACGUCGAUAAGGAGGACUGGUACUUUGCUCUCAUCAAUGCAUCCAAGAUCAGCAGUUCAGGUACACUUCUUGACCCGGCCAGAUCCGCCAAAACCGCGCAUUUGAAAACCAAGGACAGUCUUUACCUAAUUCAAACGGUGAACUCAACUGAGGGCCAGUUUGCAACCAAGUGGCUAAAUACUUUGAUUAGCCGUUUGUUCUUGUCGCUACAGCAGACUGAGAUGUUGAAUGACUGGUUACUGGAGAAAGUGCACAAAAAAUUGACCAAGAUAAAUAAACCGGGCUUCUUGGAUGACUUCAAGAUAGAGCAUAUUGAUGUUGGAAACGCUGCUCCCAUGAUAACGAACCCUAAACUUCUUGAAUUUGCACCGGAGGGACAGACUAAGAUACGUUUCAAUCUGGUUUACCGUGGAAACCUAUCGCUUAUCAUUUCCACUAAGGUGAAUAUCAACCUUGGUUCCCGGUUCAAAAGCAGAGAGGUUGCGAUUGAGUUGGCUAUGACCGUGCGAGAGCUUGAGGGCCCGAUGAUACUUUUGGUUAAACCUCCUCCGUCCAAUAGGAUGUGGUACGCGUUUGAGUCCGAGCCCCUGUUGAACCUUGAUAUCGAACCGGUUGUCAGCACCCGGCAACUCUCUUCGAACAUGAUAAUCAAUGUUCUCAAGUCGAAAUUCAAGGAGGCACUCAGAGAGUCGAUUGUAUUACCGUAUAUGGACGAUAUGGUUUUCUAUCCCACGCAGAAUGAAAUCUACCGCGGUGGUAUCUGGAUGCACGAACGUCAGGAACCAUCAGAAGCUCCACAGCAGCUUUCAAGCUCUGGGGAGAGUAGUGAUAAUGUCCCCACGAAUAUCCCUUCAGGAAAACUUGAUGCUUCUGCUCCAUCGGCGUCAAUUAGUGAAAAGCUUCAUUCCCCUAGCCUCUCUCCUGAUCAAAAGUCCUCAUUCUCCUCAAAACCCUCAGAUGACGAAUUGAAUUCAAGCUCAUUAAGAAAGGCGGCAGAAGCACACCACUCAAGCGACUCGGAUAGUGCUAGUGAAAGAGAGUCAUUAGGAGAUGGCAGUUUGAAAACUAAGACGAUGCAUAGGGUUGGAAACCUAAAGAAUAUGAUCAAGGCCAGGACAACUGCCGAUGCGAGCAUCCGCUCGGUCGAAUCAACUUCUUCAUUAGAUUCUACCACAUCCAAGAAAUAUUUCCAGACUGGCAUGAAGAAGAUUGGGCGGUGGUAUAAGGACCAGGUUAACAAUGCAAGGGAUGCAGUAACUGAUGCACAACUUGAUAUCUUGCAAAAGGCGGAGCAUGGUCCUUUUGUUCCAGAGCCUCCUAAACCAGUCGGUCCUGAAAUGAUCUCUAACAGGAGAAGUCAUCCUCGUCUCAAAUCGCAAUCUGAUAUUAGGGAUGAUUUCAUGAAGUCAUCAGCUGAAUCAAGUGCGGACAUGUUUGUAAAUAGGGCUAGAGCUACGUCCUUUGAUGCUCCGAAGUCGCCAAAUCUGAACGCCACCUACCCAUUCGGCUCGCAAAGUCCCAUGACACCGGUGUCACCAACUUCUGCAAUGUCAAGGCGACUCUCUGCGAAUAGUCAACAGGAACAGGCCCAUUCCAGUGACUCUAUUCCGGUGGAUAGUCCGCCAACUACUAUAAAGGAAACAAUAUCAGAAGUUCCUGAAUUCAAGGAAUUUACCAAAGAAAAUAAGGGAGAACCACCUGCAGUACCUGAUAUGGCCACUGCCGCAGCUGCGACGGUUUUUUCAACCACUCCUUCCUCAAUACUAGUUAAUGGACAAAAUGUCAGUCCGAAGGCUUUUGCUCGUUUAAGGCCAUUACCAGUGGUUCCCAAUGAGGAGAUCGUAUCUCAGCUUGAGGACUGUGAGCCUGCGAAAGAUCCGGCUCCCUUUAUUCCUCCUGACUUGCCCCCUAGGUCGCAUUAA